AUUUGUGAAGUUGAAUUUGAAACUAAAAAUGUAUUAGGUUGAAAUCAUUUAUUUCACAUACAAUUUUAAUUAUUUGUCAACUACAAGAAACAUUCAACAAUGAAUUCUAAGUCUUGCAAAAAAGUAUUAGUAAGAAACUGUGAACAGAAAGUGACAAAAGAUAAAUCAAAUGUAAAACGAGACUACGAUUUUGUCAGUGAGUCUAAUAUGCAACAAUUAGAAGAUGCCUAUAGAAAAGCUACAAGAGAACCAAUAAUUUCAACUUCGCCAUCAAAUUAUUUAAACAAACCAGUAUUAAAUUCCACUUUAGCUAUCUUUGAAAAUGUUAAAGCUAAACAAAACAAAGAUCCAUGUUUAUCAAAAUCUAAUAAAGAAAAACUUUUAGCAGAAACGGAUGUUGAUGUCACCAAGAAACUAAAUUUUCCUGUCGAGGCACACUUAUAUAAAGAUUUGGUAUCUUUAAAUAUCAGCAAUUCUUGUCUAACAAAUGAGUACAAUAUUCCUACAUCUUCAAAACCUGCACCUUUCACAAAACAUAAACAUGACCCAGUGCUGGACAUUGAAAACUUUGUAGGAGAUGAAGAGCCAAAUUUUAUUGCUCCGCAAGUCACUUUUUACAACGCUCCAACUCUUAAGCCAAACAGAAUGUUUGAUAUGAGCUACAUUCAAAGAAUGUAUGAUUUUGAAUAUGAAACAUAA